AUCUGAAUCAUGCGCUGAUCACAGUAAACUGACAGACCUCAUCACGGCCUACUAGGUCUAACAAUGCCGACUGUUGCACCACUCCCGACGUAUCCUCCUGCAAGCGCUAGAAAAUCCUUAUCAGCCUCCCAGCUGGCAACUUUCCAUAGCAACUUAUCAAGCGCCCUCGCUGAAAUCCUUGCACUACCACCCGCGAGAAGAGACACCCCUGCCACCCGCAGUUUUCUGUCCAGCUACGUUAACAACGUCGCCCAUCAAACCCUUCAAUCUCUCAUCUGGGAAGCUCCACCGUAUACAGACAACCAUGUACAUGCACGCGUCCUCUUCCUUGCAGAGAAGCUAGCUACCGCACCCUCUUGUUUCGAUGUGAAGGCACUCCUGGACAUCGCUAUUGCAUACUUUCCUUACCCAACCCGCGUUCGUGCCCUUUUCGCCACAGCCCUCGCUAGCACACCAAGCCUUGCUACUGUAUUCACCUCAGAUAUGGUCCCUGUGCUCACUACCCUUCUCGAUCCAUCCCACUCUGCCGGUUUAUACGGCCUCCGCAAAACAGCACGCUGCUUUCUCAGUUUGCUCUCUGGUUGUCCCCCCGAGCUCGUGCGUCCAUUCGGGAGGGACCAAGAUUUCAUGACAGGACUCGCACAAGCCUACGAAGAAGGACUUGCUUCACUAGCACGUUCAUACGGCGGCAUGCGCACAGACGUCGGUAUGCGCGAGCUGGAUGACUGGGAGCGCAUUUGGCUCGAAACCAAGGUCGACUUCAUAGACAGCUUCCACAUUAUUAUUACAACCAUGCUUCAAGACCUCGCAGUCGCAUCCGGUACAGCGUUGGCAGCAGAAUCAGAACGGACAUUUACCGUUGUAUUUGCAUUAUUGAACCUCCCACCCCCGUCAGCAGUACAAGUGGGCGGUACUCCUGCUGCUCCUUUCCUCAACCGAUCGCUAAUAGCCGACUAUCAACACUCGUAUAACUUGUCUAGCACUCUUGCUUCUGCUCUACGCCGUGCUGCACGUGAAGAUGCCCGAGUUGACCUCCUCGAAUCCAUCCUUCGUUCCUUCGACAUUGAAUCCUCCGUUGCUGGGACAAAAGAUCCUGGGGCACUCAGGCUGAUCAUCAAGUCAUCUGGCAUCCCGCCCGGCGCCUCUGCUUCUGGUAAGGGCAAAGUGACGCAGUCUUCAAGCAAGGGAAAAACCAAAGCAGUUCGCCCUGAACCUGAGCCGCACGAUCUCGACGUGGAGAUCUUGCAGGUCAUGGAUAUUUUCCCAAACCAAUCGCCCGAGUAUAUCCGGGAGCUCCUCACGCAGUCUGUAUUUAAGAGUGCAGAGAACAUCAUCGAAGCACUAUUGGAGGGCACCGCACCCGCAAUGCCCUCUGUUGCGGAGGAUGUCAGUGUGAACAAAAGUGCCCAUGUUGCGCUCAAUGAGCCCAUUGAAAGAAAGAAUGUAUUUGACGACGAGAUAUUGGAUGUUACCAAGAUACAUGUAGGGAAGAAAAACCAAGACGAGGCAUCAAUGCUCAGGGACAGAGCGGCCAUCGAGCAGAUGAAAGCCGACAUUUUGCGACGUGCAGAGGCCAUGUCUGAUGGAGAGGAAGAUGACGACAGCAGCAAGGCUGCCGAAAUCGAUCAUGAUCUUGACUUUGGAGACGAGGUGAAGGUUGUCGGUGAUGGAGAGGCUAGCAGCGAGGGCGAAAACGAUGGCGACGAGGACGAGGUACCACCGUCUAAAGUCACUCCAGAGACUGUUCUGGAGCUUGCGUAUAUCCGUGAUCCGGAGCUGUUUGCUAGAGAUGCUAAUACGCGGAGGUCGAAAGCACGCAGUGAGCUCAAAGCACAGAUCGGCUGGUCUGAUGAGCAAAUUGAGGGAUGGAGGAUUAUGCUGGAACGCAAUGUAUGCUAUCAUUAUCUGCGUAACUGGUCGGUACUGAUGCCCCCAUCACCCCGCGUCCAGCCAAAAAAGGACAAGAUUUUGCAGAAACACGAGUUUUCUGGGAAUAGAAUAGUAGAUUUGUCGACGACUGGAAAUGCAACUGGUUCUGGGUCAUCAUCCCGCGGUGGAAAUCACGGAAGAGGGAGGGGUGCGCGCGGGUCGGGGAGAGGGAGGGGGCGCGGCCGAGGGUCUGGAGAUAGUGGUGAUGCGAGAGAGCGAGCAUCGAAAGACAAGAACAAAGCUAGCAGAGGGAACCACAAUCGGAAAAGGGGACAUGAUAAGAAGAUGGCCAAAGCCGGUCCACCUUGAUGCAUAGGGGGCGAUGUAUGGGAGAUGCUUUCUCAAUUCAUGUAAUGCAAUGUGCGGUAAAAUACAACAGAAAGAAUUUUUUAUAUAUGCUGGUCGACAAUCAAUGUGUAGGCAUGCUAGACUGUUUCUUUGUACCGAGGGAAGAGCUUAUCGAACCUUGGUUCAAACGUGAGCUCAAUCACGUCGUUAACCAGUUGCAUAUCUAUAUUACUGGAAUGAAAACGAGCAAGGUAGUACAAUCUAUUGAAAACCAUACCUAGCUCGCCUUCUGAAUCCAAU